AUUUUUUUUUUUAAAAAAAAAAAUACCAGUGUCGAAAUCUUUCUUUUUAAUAUAAUUAAUAUAUAUUCAAUAAAUUAGUUGGUCGUUAUUAACGAAAUUUUAUAAUAAAUAUGGCACAACCACCUACUAUUUUAGCAUUUUUAUCUGCAACUGGAACUCUCCCGAUCUUAACAUAUUGUGCUGCUAGCAUCUUGAUGACAGUUACGAACAAAUAUGUUUUGUCUGGUUAUGAUUUUAAUAUGAAUUUUUUACUGUUAGGAAUACAGUCAAUAGUAUGUGUGGUUUUAUUAAGAGCUUUUAAAAUGCUGAAUCUUGUUUCAUUUCGAGAAUUUGAUUUAGCAUUGUCACGAAAAUGGUUUCCUAUUGCAAUGUUACUUGUUGCUAUGAUUUAUACGGGAAGCAAAAGUUUACAAUAUCUUUCAAUUCCUGUAUACACAAUAUUUAAAAAUCUAACAAUCAUUUUAAUAGCAUAUGGAGAAGUUAUUUGGUUUGAUUGUAGUAUAUCAAGAUUGACAAUGACAAGUUUUUUGUUGAUGGUUUUCUCAUCUAUUAUAGCGGCAUUAUCGGAUAGUUCCAGUGCGGUUGUAAAAUCUUCUAGCAUCACAUUUGAUAUAGGAUAUUUGUGGAUGGCAUUUAAUUGUAUUUCCUCUGCUGCAUUCGUUUUAACAAUGAGGAGACGUAUUAGAUCAACUAAUUUUAAAGAUUUCGAUACUGUAUAUUACAAUAAUUUAUUAUCAAUACCUUUAUUAAUGACAAUGAGUCUCAUGGUCGAAGAUUGGAGUGAAAAAAAUUUCGAAAAAAAUUUGCCUGAGGAUAUACGUACCACGCUCAUUACGGCCAUAUUAUUCUCAGGAAUAUCGGCAUUUGGUAUUUCAUACACAUCAGCUUGGUGUGUCAGAGUAACUUCGAGUACAACAUAUAGUAUGGUUGGAGCAUUAAAUAAAUUGCCUGUAGCUGCAAGUGGAAUGAUUUUUUUUGGAGAUCCAAUCACAACAGGAAAUGUUUCUGCCAUAUUUGUUGGAUUUGUUGCCGGAAUUCUAUAUUCAAUUGCAAAAACAGAACAACAAAAACCUAUAAAACCAUCUGUAUAUAUUCCAAUAUCUAAUAAAGAAUUGCCACAAACAACAACGAAUGAUAACAAUACGACUGAAAUUCAAUCAAAUCUUCUUAAUAAUGACGAUGAUCACAGAGUAAUUAAAAUUGAAGACAACAAUCUAUCAGAAAAAAUGUAAUAUGUUCAAUGAUUUUUUAUUUAUUAUUUAAUUUUAUAUUUUGAAGGAAUUAUAGAAUCAUGUUUUAUAGAAAGAGUAUAAUCCUUUUUUUUUUUGUAAGAAUCAUUAAUCGAUUAAAUGUAUUAAUAUUAA